AUCAUUAGAAUAUUAUCGCCCUUCACAACAAUUGUCGAACAAAACGAAAUCCGAAUAAACAAGUUCUUUUCAUCAUGCAUGUUAUCACUGAAUUUAAAUCAAAACGAAGUUAAUUACAAUUGUAGAUAAGAGUCGAUGCUUGUUACCUAAUAGAUUAAGAGUUUCCUUAGUUGUAAUACGCUAGAAAACGUUAAAAUGGCAAGUUUAGUUACAAAAAAGAGUGUUUUGUUCGCAAAAUUUGUGAAAAAUGCGAGUAAUAACUCUAAGAGACUGUCUUCACACUUUAUAUAUUUCCCAGACAACGAAAAACCAGUGCAAGGAGAAACAACAAAAAUGAACAUGAUGCAAGCUAUAAACAAUGCAAUGGACAUCACAUUGAAAAAUGAUCCAACAGCUGUGCUUUUUGGAGAGGAUGUGGGCUUUGGUGGAGUGUUCAGAUGUGCUCUAGGUUUACAGGAAAAAUAUGGCAAGGACCGAGUGUUCAACACUCCGCUAUGUGAACAGGGUAUUGCAGGGUUUGGAAUAGGCUUGGCCACCGCUGGAGCAACAGCCAUAGCCGAGAUACAGUUUGCCGACUACAUAUUCCCAGCAUUUGAUCAGCUAGUGAACGAAGCGGCGAAGGCUCGGUACCGGUCGGGCGGCAUGUUCCCGUGCGGCGCGCUGACGGUGCGGGCGCCGAGCGGCGCGGUGGGGCACGGCGGCCUCUACCACUCGCAGAGCCCGGAGGCCUUCUUCGCACAUGCACCUGGACUCAGGGUGGUGGUACCACGUGGUCCCAUCGCAGCCAAGGGUUUGCUACUGUCCUGCAUCAGGGAGCGAGACCCAUGCAUAUUCUUAGAACCUAAGAUCCUGUACCGGUCUGCUACGGAAGAAGUACCAGUGGAAGACUACACACUACCUCUGGGAAAGGCUCAGGUUUUGCGUGAAGGAGACGCUGCAACUCUAAUAGGGUGGGGCACACAAGUGCAUGUCUUAUUAGAGGUGGCACAGAUGGCUGAGGAGAAACUGGGAAUCAAAUGUGACGUCAUCGACCUGCAGUCUAUACUGCCCUGGGACGAGGAGACUGUCUGCAAUUCCGUAAAGAAAACUGGCCGAUGCCUGAUAUCUCACGAAGCCCCCUUGACUUCAGGCUUUGGAGCUGAACUAGCUGCAACUAUACAGGACGAAUGUUUCCUGCACCUGGAGGCGCCGAUCUCACGGGUGACAGGCUGGGACGCGCCCUUCCCGCACGUGUUCGAGCCGUUCUACUUGCCGGACAAGUGGCGCUGCUUCCACGCUCUCUCGCAGCUCAUCAACUACUAAGCUAUGUUAACUGUAAAUAAGGGGACCAAUAAAUGAUUGCUUUACGUUAA